CUGUCCUACCUCCAGAGUACUCUCUCCCUCUUCCACCCAAAAACCCAGGACUUCCCAUUCUCCAUAGAAAUGGCCAUGUCCAACUUCCUCUCCCCCACAACUCCUCUCCGUCUCUUCCACCAACCCACCCUCCACCACUCCUCCCCACUCUCUCUCCCCCACCACUCCCUCCUCUCCACCAAACCCAGAAAGCUCCUCCUCACCACCACCCACUCCAAGGGCGGAGACGACUCAGUCGACGUCCCUGACCGCCUCAUCGCCGCCGUCUUUUACUUCUACCCCUUCUUCGACGGCAUCCAGUACGGAAAGUUCGUCAUCACUCAGUUCACCGCCAUCCAAGCUCUGAUAAACCCACUAGUGCCGGCUAUACGGGUCUUUAAGAGCUUCCCCUUUAAUGGGUUCUUGGUAUUUUUAACCCUCUACUUUGGUGUUGUUAGGAACCAGAACUUUAGUAGGUAUGUGAGGUUCAACACCAUGCAAGUCAUUGUGCUUGAUGUGCUUCUCAUUUUCCCUGAUCUUCUGGAGAGGAGCUUCAACCCCAGAGAUGGGAUUGGGUUGGAUUUGAUGAUGAGUUUGGAUAGUACUGUGUUCCUGUUUCUGUUGGUGUCUUUGAUUUAUGGCUCUGCUUCUUGCUUGUUGGGUCAAGUGCCCAGGUUGCCCAUUGUGGCUGAAGCUGCAGAGAGGCAAGUUCCUUGACUGAGCUCAUUCUUUUGUAGCAAAUUGCGAUGAUUUGUUGUCCAAGGAAGAGAAAGAAGGAAGCUUCAUGUAGGCAAAGUUCGUGGAGCUACUUGGGUUGCUGAUUAUAAUGCUUAGCCACAAUGAAAGGAAGAAGCUCAUAUAGUAGAAUAUUGUUGUUAUUGUUGUUGUGAUGAGCUUUAUAGUGUAUAUGCUUUUGGAUUUUGACUGAUAUUGAUGACAUUAGAUUGGUUCAGGUACAAUUUAAGAGCAAUGCCUAUUACACUGUAUCAUUCUGCAAAGAGUUUAAUUCAUUGUCUCUAGCAUUUAGCCA